CCCGUCCGCGAAGUCUCGCUCGUCAAGGAAUGGCCCGAAACACCCCCCUUUAGUCCGGAAGAUUUCUUUCGAGCCGAUUCCAAUGAUGAUGGAUGGUUUUAUACGGUACCUAAACUGGUGUACCAUAUUGACGAACCUGCAGUAGCAUCCUUGACGCAGUAUUACCGAAACAACAUUCCCAAGGGUUCCAAUAUACUGGACAUUUGCUCUUCUUGGGUUUCCCAUUAUCCGCUUGAAUUUCCCGAUACCAUGAAGAAUAUUUGCGCCACGGGCAUCAAUCCACUGGAAUUGCAGUUCAACGACCAGUUGACUGGUGGCUACAAAGCAGCGGAUUUGAACAAAAUCCCCAAACUCCCCUACGACGACAAUUCUUUCGACGUGGUCACCUGCGUAGUUUCCAUUGAUUACUUGGUGGAUCCCGUUACCGUAUUAAAGGAAGUACACCGGGUGCUUCGACCGGGUGGCCAAGUCAUUGUAUCCCAAUCCAACCGUUGCUUUCCGUCGAAAGCCAUUGCAAUGUGGCUGAAAAUGAACGAUCGCCAGCACUUGGAACUCAUUAAUGCGUAUUUUCAAUACGCCGGAGGCUUUCAGCCAAGACAAGCUUUUGAUAUCACAGCUACCAUGCCCGACAAUAGCUAUCGAGAUCCCAUGUUUAUCGUGAAAGCAAUAAAAGCCUGA